GCCGAAGAGGAGGCCGGGAUGUCGGGCAGUCGGCGGCGGAGAGAUCCUGGCGCAGGCCGACAGCAGGAAUCGGCAAUGCGACAGAACGCCAGUCCUCGCGUGGGUCCCGAGGAGGCAGCGAAAAGGAGGGGAGGGUGGCGACGUGAGAGAACAACCGGACAGGGCACGGUCCCAUGCAUGGCGCAGACAGUGCUGGGUGCACGGGCAUGUGGUCCACUAUGCACUUCUCGGCCGAGUGCGCGAACGACGAGGACGUGGAUGACGUGGCCGGUGGUCAUACGCAAGAGAAGGUGGAACCAUCAAGAGGACCACUGCAGGAGCUGGAGGCGCAGUUGGGAGUCUCUCAGUGGAGGGUGCCACAGAUUGACAUAAGGGAUGGUGAGCCAACUGGGGACAUAUCGCAGGAGGAGGUCCAAGAGUCAGAGCGAGAGGCGAGGCCAAGUGCUCAGAGGAGGCGAGCCGUGGAGGAGGUGAUUGAAGUGGGAGAGGAUACUCCUCCUCAAUCACCUGUUCAUGUACCAGGGUCUGAGCCAGAGUCAGAGGAUGUCCAAGAGGUAGAGGAGGAGUUGCAGCGUGGAGAUAUUUCACUACCUCCCCCAGAUAAGACUAUUUCGCCGGGGGUGAGAGUGGAGAUGGAGCGGGAGGAGACAGGCUGUAGGAGAGAGGCCCUUUCCACGGUCAAUAGAUAUCUGGCGGCACAUGCCCAGGAGUAUCCUGACCUCGAGGGACCCCCAUUCAUUGAGCCAUUACAGGAACAUCGUCAGGCAGAGAUAGAGGCGCGGCCUGAGGUCCCAUCAAGAGAUGCUCGAGGAGGGACCAGGAGAAAGGAGGAGGAGGAGGACGACGAGGAGGAGGAAGAGGAGGAGGAGGAGGAGGAGGAGGAAGAGGAGGAGGAGGAGGAGGAGGAGGAGGAAGAGGAGGAGGAGGAGGAGAACGAAAUAGGAGACGAUGUAGGAAGGAGAAGGUUCAGCGGCGGCGGUGGGAGAACGGUUCAGGACGACAGGAGGACGGGUGGAGGAGCAGCUGCCACGUCAGCAGACACAGCAGAGGGCGACACAGCAGCUGCCACAGCAGGAGGUGCGACAUCAGCAGCAGACACACAGCUGUUACAACAUCCGCAGUUGCCAAGACAGCAGCUGCACCACGUGCCACGUCAGCCGCUGCACCAGCUGCCACUUCAGCAGCUGCAGCGGCUGCCACAUCAGCACACACAGCAGCUGCCACAUAGCAGCUGCUGCACAUCAGCUGCCACGGAGCAGCUGCUACACAGCAGCUGCCGCACAACAGCUGCCACACAGCAGCUGCCACAUCAGGAGGUGAGACAUAAGCUGAAGUACAUCAGCAGCAGCCGCACAGCAGUUGCCACAUCAGCAGCACCACGACAGCAGCCACACAGCAGUUGCCACAGCACCACAGCAGCAGCACCACAGCAGCAGCCACACAGCAGUUGCCACAACUCGACAGCACCACAGCAGCAGCACCACAGCAGUUGCGACAUCAGCAGCAGCCGCAGCAGCUUCCACGUCAGCAGUAGCACCCGCAUCGGCAGCAGCACCACAGCAGCAACUUCCACGUCAUCAGGAUCCACAUCAGCAGCAGCCGCAUCAUCAUCAUGGCGACGCGAGUGGACCGGCACACGAAAACGGGCUUAUGAGCACUUCCUCUUGAAGAGGUCCCAGUGUCCUUAUGACACCAUAUCCAUUUGGAAGAGACUGCACAAGGCAGGUUGUGAUAUGGCUCCGGACUUGCUGGAUAGGGUGCAACGUGCAUUGGAGAAGGAGAACAGUGAUGUAGAUGAGGAUGCUGCGAUGGGAGGUGUUGUAGAGGGUGAUGGAGGAGGUGCCGAGAUUGGUGUUGACUCCGAGGAGCCAGUUUGUAGGCGGCCUGGCAGCGGACCAGGAGAGUUGGCGAGCGGGUGUGUUGCAGUUGGGCCGGUCGCCAUUGGGGGAGCGGGCGGGAGGCGGCGAAUGCAGCAAGAGGUCCAGACACGUGGACCAGCAAAACAAACGUCAAUCGCGAGGUACGCGAAGAAUCCGCGGCAGGAGGACAUCGAUGACUCUUGCUGCGAGUUCUUCGUCGAGAACGUCAUUCCGUUCAACGUCGCGAAGAGCAAGAGUUUCAAGGAGUUUCAGUUGGCGUGUUACGGUUCACAGCCUGCAGCGAGGUGCCCUCUUGUUCCCACUGGGUACAACCCAUUGAGAUGUCGCCUACUUGAGCAGUUGCGGGGCAGGUUGGAGAAGGAGGAGCACGCGAUCAGGGAUGAUUGGCAAGUCACAGGUUGCACGUUCAUUACUGACGGGACUACAGACAUAUGUGGCCGAUCAUUAAUGAACUACAUCCUCGCAGGACGUUCAAAGCCAAUUUUCGUGAAGUGCGAGGAUGUGAGCGAGGGGGAUAAGGAUGCAGCUACUGUCGUAGCGGGGUGGAAGCGGUUCUUUAGGGAGUGGGGGGUGGAGAAGAUCACAGCGAUCUGCACAGACUCCUUCGCGGGGAACAAGAGUGCAGCUAGGAUGUUGAGCAGGGAAUGGGCGGCUGAGGUCAUCAACAGGGCGAACAAGGUGGUCAACUUUUUUAGGGUUCACAAGUGGCCACGUUCCCACCUGAGGGCGCAAUUGCUGAAGUACCCUGAGUUGAAGGCCACCUGUCUCCUUCGGCCAGCAUCGACAAGGUUUGGGACCCACUACGUGAUGCUGCACAGACUGCAGGUGUGUGAGAAGGUGCUUGUGCGUAUCGUGACCGGGCGCCCCUGGGAGAACAUGAUGUGGCGCGUUGACCGCACUGAUGAAGAGCCCGUACGAUGUGCUGAGAGAGGUGGACAAGGAUGUUCACUGCGACAUGGCUUGUCGGCUCAGAGCAUUGUCCGUUAUGGCCCCCUCACUGUAGAAGAGCGAGAGGUUGUCAUUGCGGACGUGGGCAAGAGGACAGACAUGCUUCUCAGCCCCAUACACGCUGUCGUACGGCUGUUGGAUCCUCAGUUGAGGGAUGUUGCUGUUUUCAGCAAUGUCGACCUCAUGGCGCAGUUUGACAGCGUUGUCGAGCGGUUGAUCGACAAGAAGGGUUCGAAGAGGUUUGACGACUGCAAGGACCAACUGUACGACUUCCAGUUUGGGAGAGGGCUCUUUGGUGACCCUGCAGUGGUGAGGAGGGCAGCAAAGGACAAUCCUGUGUUGUGGUGGGAGGCGCACGGAGCUGGCCAUCCAGACAUCAAGGAGUUGGCAGUAACGGUGCUUUCCAUCUGGACAACAUCCUCACCAACUGAGAGGAAUUGGAGCACUUGGGCUCUCGUGCAGACCAAGUCCAGAAAAAAGUUGCACCACCACCGCAUCGAGAAACUGGUGUACUCGCAUUGGAGCCUCAGGCUCACGAACAGGGGGGAUAAUCGGCCCACGAUCGUAGGAAGGUGGUUGGGGUUGGAGAAGGACUGGGCUAACGAGGACUUGGAGGGUGACAUGGCGAAUGUCACAGAUGCUGUCGAUGACAACGAGGUUGGUGUGGAGGGCACUGGUUCUGUUGCAGGCAGCACCAACAUUGCCCGUGAUCCUCCUGCGAGGUCGGCAUCCGUGCAGAGGUUGGAGGACGUGGAGGAGGCUAUCGAGACGGACAAGGCUGAGGAUGAUGUGGAUGACAACCUCAGUGACGAGGACAACAUUCCAGGCGAGGAGUGGGUGGACGAGAGGUCAGAUUCUGAUAGAUCAUGGACGAGGAGGGAAGAGAUUCUUCCAUAUAUAGAGGACACACGCUUCAGUCAUCGAUUGAAAGACUAGCGUGUGCAGAGAGAGCAGCAUGAGCAUCUUGACAAGGAUCAGCAGGAGGAGAACCGACAACAGGAGGAAUACCAUCAGCAGGAGGAGCACCAGCAGCAGGAGGAGCACCAACAGCAGCAGGAGGACCGACAGACGGAGCACCCGCAAGAGGAACAUCAGCAGCAGCAGGAGCACCAGCAGCAGGAGGAGCACCGUGGAGAGGGUGAGCUAGAGGGCGAGCAAUGAUAGGCAGACGGCGAGGCAGAGGGCGAGCAGCGACAGGCCGAGCCCGAGGGCGAGCAGCGACAAGCCGAGCCUGAGGGCGAGGAGCGGCAUCAGCAGGUGGAUGCAUUCUAUGGCUCCACUCGACCUUCACAGCUGCUAGGUCGCCACGGAGCACAUCCCGGAACCGUAUGGUAUCCGCUCGCAUAUCCAGGUGGACGAGGCAGAGGGCGUCCACCUUCUGGCCGUGGCCGGGGUCGGCCACUUUCUGCACGAGGAGGGCCACUUGUCGAACGCGGCAGAGGGCGGCGUAAGUUAGUGAGACCACGAGAGAGCCAGCCAUCUUCCAAUCCUGCACAGGAGAGUUUAGAUGAGGACUCUUAUGAGAGUGCUCCUCUACACAAAAAGAAACGGCGAAGGAUGACGUCUGAAGAGGAGGAGAGAGAGACACAUUGAGAGAGAGAGAGAGAGAGAGAGAGAGAGAGAGAGAGAGAGAGGUGAAGGAUGGUGCCUGUGUGGCUGCAUCAGCUGCGUCAACAGCAGUUGCCACUGUGUGCAGCAAAUGCAGCACCUACAUCAGCUGCAGCAGCUGCUGCAGGUGCUGCAUCAUUUGCGUCAGCAGUUGUGUCACGUGUGUGUCUGUCUGUAUGUGUGUGUGUGUCUGUAUAUGUGUGUGUGUGUGUCUGUAUAUGUGUGUGUGUGUGUGUGUGUGUGUGUGUGUGUGUGUGUGUGUGUGUGUGCUGCAUCAAUUGCGUCAGCAGACUCAGCAGGUGUGUGUGUGUGUGUAUGUGUGUGCGUGCUGCACGAAUUGCGUCAGCAGGUAUGUGUGUCUAUGUGUGCGUGUUGCAUCAAUUGCGUCAGGAGGUGUGUGUGUGUGUGUGUGUGUGUGUGUGUGUGAGUGUGUGUCUACGUGUGUGUGUCUGUGUACGUGUGUCUGUGUGCGUGUGUGUGUGUGUGUGCGAUUAUGUAUUUUUGAGAGGAUUUGGCUCCUCGGCAGGCCUAAGGGGCCCCUUGUACAAGUGUGCCCGCCCUAAGUGGAGGCGGGCCUAGCAAAUCACGAGAGGCCCAAUGCUGUCAAUUUUGUAUUUGGGGUUCAGGCAGUUGUGUCGCGUCAGUUGGUUGAGGGAAUCAGUUCACGAGCAGCAAAUACUUUCCACGGCCUUUUAGGCCUUUUUCUGAAAGGCAGGCCCUGGGCCACAUCUGCAGCAAUAUACACUGACAGUUAGGAGGCCUCACUGUAGAACGAGGCCAAACAGCAGCAGCAGAGGCCCAGCUUCCACAGUUGGUUGGGGCUCAGGCGUACAGCAAGUGGUAGUGGUUGGGGCUUGGGCAUAUACCUGGUAUUGGGCGGCAUCUUCAUAUACCACGGUGGCUCUUGACGUCAGCAGUUGUAUUGUCAAUUCGUAGGCAGACAGUAGCUAUGUGGGGGUAAUCUGGGCGUUGAGUGCCAAGUGCCAAGUAGGGUGGAAGGGCCUGGACUCUUAUGUUGGUGAUGACGAGAGUAAGCUGUAAUUGACAUUCG